AAAAUUAAGAGUGUGAGAUUUAGUCUACUCUUUCACAAUUUGGAGGUAUUUAUUUAUCAACCAAUGAGAACAAACCACAUAAGUAGUAUCUAUAAAGGCUACAACUAAUUUGUAAUCCACUUUUAUUUCACAUGUAUAUAAGUUGUUCUUGUUUGAUGAAUAAAUAUCCUCAAAUUAUAAAUGUAGUUUAAAAAAAAAUCUUAAAAAAUGGAAUUAUGUGACAGAAUUUUUAUUUAUUUUUUGUAGUGCGAUGUCCUUACGAACUAAGCUAAAUUUUUUCGUAUUUUAUUACAUUUUAUAUUUGUUGGUUAAAUUUAUCUUUAAUUUUUGUUAAUUAAUUACUACAUCUAUAUCUAUACUCACGUAGAAAUAACAAACCAUUUUCCGUUUCAAUAUCAAUUCAAUUCCAUGUGAGCGAGUAUUGUAUAAUCCAUGUGAGUAAGUGAUUAUAUAACUCGUUCUUUCUUCUUCGUAGAAGAGCACAACAAAAAGCUCUUUCACGUUUCCAAUGCGAAAAACAUAAUAACCAAACAUGGCCGUUAUGAUGAGUCGUUUCCGUGCUCUAACUUCCAAAUCCAACUCACUAACGUCACUCAACAAAUUCUGCCGCCGUUCGCCGUCGUACUCUUCCUCCGCGGCGGUGGUUACUGAAGAACAUGACACCAGCAGCACUUUUUUGAAAGAUUAUGCUGAUUAUAGAAGAUCUCUUUACGGUCCGAUUACUCAUAAAGCUCUUCUUGUUGAUGCUGUUGGUACUCUUGUUCUUCCUUCUCAACCUAUGGCUCAGAUAUAUAGGGAGAUUGGGGAGAAAUAUGGUGUGGAGUAUUCUGAGAAAGAGAUUUUGCAUAGAUACAGAAGAGCUUAUAGUCAGCCUUGGGGUAAAUCUCGUCUCAGAUAUGUAAAUGAUGGCAGGCCUUUCUGGCAAUACAUAGUGAGCCAAUCUACUGGCUGUUCCGAUGCUCAAUACUUUGAAGAACUUUAUAACUACUAUACGACAGACAAGGCAUGGCACCUAUGUGACCCUAAUGCAGGAGAAGUGUUCAAAGCUCUUAGAAAAUCAGGUGUAAAAUUGGCUGUUGUGUCAAAUUUUGACACUCGGUUAAGACCUCUCCUGCGGGCAUUAAAUUGUGAUGAUUGGUUUGAUGCUGUAGCGGUAUCAGCUGAGGUUGAAGCAGAGAAACCAAAUCCAACUAUAUUUCUUAAAGCGUGUGAACUAUUGGAUGUAAAACCUGAGGAUGCUGUUCAUGUUGGGGAUGAUCGACGGAAUGAUAUAUGGGGUGCUAGAGAUGCAGGCUGUGAUGCUUGGCUUUGGGGAAGUGAUGUUCACUCUUUUAAGGAGGUAGCACAGAGGAUUGGAGUCCAGGUCUGAAAAAGUAUCUCUAUGUAAUAAGUUCAAGAAUGUUAUGCAUAUAAAUAUAUAAAUAGUCCUUAGGCUAUAGAUACAAGGAUGUACUGUACAUGUCUGAACGAUAUGUGAGACUAUAACUUGAGAAACAGUGAUGAAGGUGUAGGUAAGAGCUUUUACAUUUCCAUUCA